UACAACAAAGAAUAAUCCAUAAAAAAUACUCUCUAAAAAAUCACUUGCUCAUACCCAAAUUUUCUGAUAGAUCUUGCUUACACCUUUGUUACCUCACUUUUAACACUUUGUUUUGAAUAUAUUCGUCCACCACUGCGAAGUUCUAGUUACAGAGCUCCCGAAAUCAGGGAUAUUUAGGCGUAAAUCUGUACUUUAGAACAUCUGCAGACUGAAGCCUCAAGCAAUGGCAGGCGAGGCAUCAGAGGGUCGAACAAACAAUGACAAGAAGAAGCGAAAACCCCAAUAUUUGUCCUCCAAUAGACCAUCGAAGAAGAGCUAUUGUGGGGUGAGGCCCGGAGUCCAAGGCUUCUUCCUUACCUGUGAUGGUGGAAGGGAGUUUCAGGCUAGAAAUGAAGCCCUCGGUUUACUGGAUAAGUUUUAUGAGGAAUUGUCACAAGAAAAGGGAUCUCAAAAAGAUUUUGUGUCAAGUGAUGGGGUGUCAUCUAUCAAACCAAAGUCAACAAAGAAAGUGUUUAAAUACAGUGAUGACGAGUCUUCUAGCAGUGGGAAUGAGUCUGAUCAGAAUUCUGAGAAUGAAAAUAGCCAUGGUGGAAAAAGGGAAGGGGAAUGUGAUGGAGAAGAGGAAGUGGAAGGGAAAAAGGAAGGUGAAGGAGAAAUUCCUCUAAAGAAAAGGCGAGUGGAGAAUGAUCAGGAUAAUGCUGAUAAAGCUGAGAAAAUUUCACAGGCAAGGUGCACUACCAUAGAUAAAAUAAUCGAGGCUGAAAUUGAAGAAUUAGGGGACAAGGAAAAGGUGAAAUUUGCAGGCCUGGAUUCUGGGUGUAAUGGUGUCGUAUUUAUACGAAUGCGCAAAGAGACUGGAACCCCUAGUCCUACUGAACUUGUAGAAUAUAUAAUGAACAAAGCUGCAGCUACAAGAAAGCACAUGUCAAGAUUUAUUUUGAGGCUAUUACCUGUGGAAUUGACAUGUUAUGCUUCUACUGAGGAGAUUGCAACGGCAGCUAAGCCUUUAGUUGAACAGCAUUUUCCAACUGGAGAAGAUCAGUCACCUAUUAAGUUUGCUGUCCUGUAUGAGGCCCGUGCAAACAGUGGUAUAGACAGGUCAAAGAUUAUUGACACGGUGGCAAAAUUAGUACCCCAUCCCCAUAAAGUGGACCUCAGCAAUCCAGAUAAGACUAUUAUAGUCCAAAUUGUUAAGACAAACUGUAUGGUUGGAAUUGUGCACAAUUUCAAACAACUUUCCAAGUUUAAUCUGCGACAAUUGACUGGCUUCAAACCAUAUUGACGUGCUAUCUGUGGGUGUGAGCUGGUUUGAGAGCAAUUAUCGCCACUUCGCAUUUUAUUAUCAGAUGAUGAAAUCUUGCUGAGUUCAAGUCUUGUUAAUAGCUAAGGAAAUAUGCAUGUUGUUUUGCAUUGUGCCCAUUGCCAAAGACUUCUUUGCCAUUUGAUUUCAAAUAUAAAAAGGAGUUUUGGUGGUGUAGGAGACUAUGCCCUAGUUCUAAUGACAUGCUUUACCUCCGCCUAGGCAGGAAUUGAGAUAUAUUGUCUUUUUUGGCAUGGUUCAACCCUAUAUGUUUAUAUGCAUAUAACAUGUGGGGUACCUCAAAUGCAGAGUCAAUAUUGAGUGGUUUACAGCAGGAGGAUAUGGCUGCUGGUUUACAGCAACGUUUUUGUUCAAGCAUAUUAGAUUUGUUUUAUUCUUGAUUAAUAUCAAAUAGAAUACUGUUUCAAGAGACUAAAUUUCUGUUGAAAUAUUUAAAAAUCUUGGAAUGAUACAUAAAAGUAACUGUGCGACAAUAUUUUUCUGUAACAGUAGUUUUUAAUAUUCUAUUACCAUAGAAAUUCUUUGGA